CUGUGCGGCGGUAGCGUCCUUCUCCUUCUCAAGCUCUGUCGUCUUAGCUCAAUGUCUACGUGUAAACACUCCAAAAUGGCGAUAGGACGGCCGACAGCUGUGUUUGUGCUAUUCUCCUCCCUCUGCUACAUUACAGCAUUUGCUGUAAUACUCAGAACUACAAACAAAGAUGUGUGGGCAAAUGAAUUUGAGCCAAUUGAACUGACCUGCUUGAUAGAAUCCAUAUCUACAAACAAUCCCAGGAUUGAAUGGAAGAAAAUUAAAAAUGGGGUUCCCAGUUAUGUAUAUUUUCAAAGCAAAAUAUCAGGUGACUUGGAGCAUAGGGCCGUACUGCGAGAACCUGCUAACCUGCUGAUCCAGAAUGCCAGUCGAUCAGACAGCGCCCUCUAUCGCUGUGAGGUUGCCGCCAUCGACGACCAAAAGCCCUUCGACGAGAUACUCAUCAGCUUGGCUGUAAGAGUGAAGCCGGUGGCCCCGAGGUGCAGUGUGCCAGAGUCUGUCACUGUGGGCUCCACAGCAGAGCUGCGCUGUGCUGAGAGCCAGGCCUUCCCCCCAGCCCACUACCAGUGGUACCGCAACAGCGAGGAACUGCCAGAGGACCCUAAGACCAGCACCCGCUUCUACAACUCCUCAUACAUCAUGAACACAGAGACCGGCUCACUGAAAUUUAGGAUAGUGAAGAAAGAGGAUGCGGGGGAGUACUACUGCCAGGCCAGAAAUGAGGCAGGGUCCACCAAAUGCACACCACAGCUCAUGGAAGUCUAUGAUCUUGAUAUUAUGGGGAUUUUCUUCAAGGUUUUGGCUGGAGUGACUGCACUUGUCUUUGUAACAGUGGGGCUCUGUCGUAUUCAGAAACAAGGCUAUUGUUCCUGCAAGGACCACGGCGAGAGCGACUAUAAAGUCCCUCAGCACAGCAAUGGAAUGGAAUACGUGAGUGCAGAUGAGGGGCAUUUUCGCCACAAGUCCUCAUUUGUCAUAUAACCACAAAGCAAAAUGGAAGCCAACAGAGACACGAGUUUAACCCUUGUGAGUGCUGACGUACAUGUUUGAGCUAUCACAUAUUGCAUUCUAUUCAGAGGUGCAUAAACAUCAGCAUCCUAGCUUGCCAAAGUUAUCUCUAAAACACACAGUUUGGGGAAGUUUUACUCCUUAUUACCAUUAUUUAAUGUAUUUUUUUGAAAAUCAUAAAAGUAUCAUCCAGACUUCUUCAGCACUCCACAAUCAAAGAAGACUGUUUCAUGAAGAGGAAUGACACUCAUAUCUGUAGAUAUUAAACAUAUGCAGCUCAGAAAGAAUGUGAAAAAGAAAUUUCAUGUUUAAGUCACAGACCUCGAUGCCUAGAGGCAGAAGCAGGUUGAAGAAGAGUGAUGUGAUGAAGGCACAGUUGUGGAACGCACGGAGAGCAUGCACAUUGAGAGCUAGUACAACAGUACAUCAAAACACAGAUGGUGCUUCUUUCUUUUACUGUGAAACUUAAAUUCUGCUUGCCAUGUAAAAUUGGCUAAGAUGUCAAAGCGUGGCUGAGCAAAAUUCAGUUAAUUACUGAGCUAAAUACUGUAUUGUGUUCAGACACAAAAUGUCUGACUCUGUGAAUCUAGUCAGUGUGAACAUACAAUGCAGAUGUGUACAGUGCCAUGCUGUGACUGUUUUAGGUGACUCGCUUUUGAUAUUAUGGAGGUUAUGAGAUGUUAUGUGUUGGUGUUUAGUGCUAGUUGUUUAGACUGUAAUGUAAAAUAGUUAAACACUGUUUAGCCUGAAGUUCAGUCAAAAGUCUUUGUUAAGUCUACAGAUUUGGUUCUGCUAAAUGAUUGAUUCUUGUUUAUUUCAGAUUUUUAAAUAAUUCUAUAGAUACAGAUUUUGCACUUACAGUUUUUAGAGUGCUUUCUCUGUGUUUAAGUGACCUUCUCUACCUUCUAAUUGUUGGACAUAUUGUCCAUGUUUUGCCUGUGUUAUUGUUUUAAUCUGUUUGUGGCUGUGUCUGGUUACAUUGUAGAACACAAAUGGAAUUGCUGUUAAGAUUGUGGGCCAUGACUAAUAAAUAAUAAGAAAGACUUUGAUAUUGCUGUUCAGAAUUUCCAAUUGUAACUCUUUUGUGCUUUCUUUGUUAAUUCUAACUGAAUUAACUAGCUAUCAGAUCUGCUUUUCCCAUCAAAACCAUAGUUCUCCCCAGGAUUCUGGCCUUGCUAACUAAGGUCAGUCAACUUUGCAAACAACUGUAAUGUAACAUUUGUAAUCUUAGGUUUUCUAUUCCAAAGAAGCUAUUGGUGACUGUUAUAUUUUUAAGUUGUCUUAGUUAGAAUUAAAUAAAAAACUGUUCAGUCAUGGCAUGUCCCACUGUCUAUGAAGCAGCAAAUCUCACAUUUUAGUAUAAAUAUCAUAAAAAUGCACCCUGGAAAGUAUUUUGACUAGGGUGGAGACAGUGCAGUGUGGAAAUUUCUCAAAUUAGACGUAACGCGUUACUAAAACUUGAAGUAAAUUCAUGGUGAUGUAAAGUUUAAUACUGUGCUGUGGUAUGUCAGAUUUAAUCAGUGUUGGAGUUCAAGGUGGAGAAUAAGCUUGAAUUUGCAUGCAGAAUGGUGACAGAUUAAUUACUCUUAACACACGCUUACAAUUAUUUACUGAAAAAUGUAUAUACAGUAUAUAAUCUCACCACAACUGCCUGUUUGAUACUAAAAUAUUUGGUGUGUGUUAUCAGAGCAUUACUUAGAAUAUAUAUAUCGCCCUCUUUUUAGCCACUGUGUACUAAUCUUAGAUGGUGUUGGUAAAGUUGGCUUUGGUGGUCUAAUCUGCCUGUUUGGCAUAGUAAGGUGCAUUAUUUAACAAACCCAUCUAUAAUUACAAGAAUGAUUCUUUCAAUUAAAAAUCUAUUAAAAAUAUUAAAUAUUGCAGCAUAAGACAUAAGAUAUACCUGAUCUCCCAGAUAUAAUAAAAUGUUGGAUAUGUGUCGUUUAUGAAACAAAAUCACAAGUUCAACGGUUGUCUAGUUACUUUUCUGUUAUCCACAGUGUGUUGUUUUAUGUACUGUUGGGGGAAAAUUGUAAUAUUAAAACAUUGUAAAAUUCA